UCUGAAUUUUCAAACAGCAGGAAAAGGAGCGGCACGGGAGAACUGCGCAGGCGCCUCCCCUGGGCCCGGGCACCGCCCACAGGGCACUGAUGUCUGCGUGGAGAAACUCUGCAAGCCCCGCCGGAGGAUCAACACGCAGGCGCGAGGGCGCGUGCCCUGCGCUACCGGCUCUGAUUGGCCGCCUCGGGUGAGGGCGCCGCCCAAUGGGAGGCGUGGAUAGUGAGGGGUCCCGCACGCCUGCUGCGGAGGGUCCGUGUCAAGAGCGGCAGGGGCUGCUUGGAGAUACCCUCCUGUAGUAGCUGCAGCAGGCUGAGACACGACAUCAUGAAAGACUGAGGUAUCAACAUUGAAGUUGAUUGACAGACUGGCAUUGCCUUCCCCAGAAUGGCAGAGAUGGUGGCAGAGGCAGCUGAGAUGCCGACGCAGUCACCAGGAUCAGUGGAAAUUUCAACACCUGUGUCAGGAGAGCUGGCAGAGCUGGCAACAGCAGUAACUGAGAUGACCCCUGGGGAGGCCCUCGCCUCCUCCCUCUUCUUCCAGCACCACCAGUUCAUGUGCUCUGAGUGCGGCAGCCUCUACAACACCCUGGAGGAAGUCCUCUCCCACCAGGAGCAACACUUGCCCACCAUGGCAGAGGAGGAGGUGCUGACUACCCAGGCCACAGGCCUGGAGCCUGAGCUAGUGCCUGGCACUGGGGAGGGACCUUUCCAGUGUGGUGAAUGCAGCCAGCUCAUCCUCUCCCCCAGUGAGCUCCUGGCACACCAGGAUGCCCACCUGCAGGAGUCUGCAAGCCAGAUCCAGUACCAGUGUGGAGACUGCCAGGAGCUCUUCCCCUCACCAGAGCUGUGGGUAGCUCAUCGCAAGACAGAGCACCUUUCCAGUACAGCAGACAAAGAGCCGCCCGUGCUGCCGCCUUUGCCUCCCCCAACACCACCACCCCCGCCAGCAGAAGUCAAGAUGGAGCCCUAUGAAUGUCCGGAGUGCUCCACCCUCUGUGCCACCCCUGAAGAGUUCUUGGAGCAUCAGGGCACUCACUUUGACUCCCUGGAGAAAGAAGAGCGUAAUGGGCUAGAGGAGGAGGAAGAGGAGGAGGAGGAGGGAGAGGAGGAGGAGGAGGAGUCAGACGAGGAGGAAGCCGCUGCAGAGCUCACUGCUGAUGAUCUGGGAGGUGACAAGGCCACAGGCGAUCCAACUCAGAGCUGUGGGGAUUGUCCCCAGCACUGUGCCUCUUCAGGGGCACGCCGCCGCCGCCGCCGGGCAUCUCGUGGCCUAGCAUCUGCCACCCACCCCUACCACUGCAGCCAGUGUCAGCGCAGCUUCAGCUCUGCCAACAGGCUGAUGGCUCAUGGACGGGCCCACGUGGGUGGUACCCAUGAAUGUACCACCUGCUCCAAGGUCUUCAAGAAGGCGGCCUCUCUGGAGCAGCACCAGAGGCUGCACCUCGGGGAGGCCCGCUACCUCUGUGUCGACUGCGGCCGUGGCUUCGGCACUGAGCUCACACUGGUGGCCCAUCGGCGAGCCCACACUGCCAACCCACUGCACCGCUGCCGCUGCGGCAAGACCUUCAGCAACAUGACCAAGUUCCUCUACCACCGGCGAACCCACACUGGGAAAAGCGGAACCCCCACCAGGGUAGCAACUGUCUCCCCCGCUCCAGCUAAGCCCACGCCCCCACCUCCACCUCCGCCGGCCCAGCUGCUCUGUCCACAGUGCCCCAAGUCCUUUGUCUCAGCCUCCCAGCUUUCUGGGCACUGGCGUGCAGGGCAUGGCUCCCCUGAAUGCCAGCACAGCUGUGGGGUUUGUGGCAAGGGCUUCAAGAAGCUGGUCCAUGUGCGUAACCACCUGCGGACACACACAGGCGAGAGGCCCUACCAGUGUCACUCCUGCGGCAAGACCUUUGCUUCUUUAGCCAACCUCAGCCGCCACCAGCUGACCCACACGGGCCUGCGUCCCUACCAGUGCCUGGACUGUGGCAAGCGCUUCACACAGAGCUCCAACCUACAGCAGCACCGGCGCCUGCACCUACGGCCGGUGGCCUUUGCCCGUGCCCCUCGUCUUCCCAUCACUGGCCUCUACAACAAGAGCCCCUACUACUGCGGAACCUGUGGCCGCUGGUUCCGCGCCAUGGCGGGCCUGCGACUGCACCAGCAGGUCCAUGCCCGAGCCAGGGCUUUGACACUACAGCCUCCCAGGUCACCGUCUCCUGUCCCGCCUCCACCCCCUGAACCCCAGCAGACUAUCAUGUGCACAGAGCUGGGAGAGACCAUCGCCAUCAUUGAGACAUCCCAGCCCCUGGCACUGGAGGAUACACUGCAGCUGUGCCAGGCGGCACUGGGCGCCAGUGAGGCGAGUGGACUGCUGCAGCUGGACACCGCCUUUGUGUGACAGAGUGCAGGAGAAAGGACGAAAGGGUUCGGUUACAAGACUGAGUCGGCACCUCGGGAGAGGAGGACCCCUCUGGUGAGCUGAGCUGGCACCCACAUGGCGGAACCCACCAUGCUGGCCUCUUCUAACUGCCGCCUCCUCAGAACAAGCCUGCCAGGUUUCUCCUGUCACCUUCCUCUGCCCAAGGUGAAACCGAAGCGCUGUGAAGAGAUGCGAUCGGCCUCAGCCCCUGCUGCUCUUGCAGAAACAGGGCUUGCCCAGGUUCUUUGCACAGCAUCACCCAGUGCUCAGCAACACCAGGUAACCUUUGAGCACCAACCAUAGGCCAGGCCUGUGCCACACACUCUCAUAUACCUCUUCAGAUCUGCUCGUAAACCCACCCCCACACACCUUCCCCUGGACUUUGGGUGCCUGGGACUUAGCUCUACUGGGUACAGGAAGGCACGCAGUUUCUCUGAGCUUGCUUCUUCUCAGUUCUGACAUUAUGAAAAGAAAUCUGUAGGUACCCCCAGCACUCAGCUCAGAUUGGGCGAUGAUGAAGAGCCAGGAAUGAACCAGACACAGCUCUGAACUCGGGCAUGCUCAGCCCGGCAGGAGCAGCAGAUGGAAGUAGUUUGAGUGCUGCCCUAGCUCUCUGGGCCUCCGCGCUCAAGGCUUCCCUCACAGGGGCCGUAGUGCCACAGGCCAGCGGCAAGUCAGACCUGAGGAUCCCUAGGCUGUGACCGGAAAGUGGAGGGACAGUGGGAUCUGAGGAUAGGGAGCAAGCCUCCACAGGAGAUGGUCGAGAGUGAGAGACUCCUAGUGGCCAGUUCCUGAAGUAAAAGCAGGAAUCUGCCAGUGGAAAAGAACAUUCCAGACAGGACAUCCAGUUAUAGCUGCAGUGAACACCCGACUGCCUGGCAGUCUGAAGCAGGGCACUUAGCAUUGUCCAUCAGGCCGGACAUUGUGUAUCAUCCCUCUUGUAUAAGCAAGGAAACAGCAAGUCUCAAGCUGGGUAGAGGUGUCGUGAGAUUUGAACGCAGUUCUUAGGACCAUCUGUAUUGUUCUGAGUAAGAUCUAAAGCCCAAAGAUGUCACAUGUCCGGGGUUUAUUCCCCUGGAGAAGGCAGUGUCAUGGAGCAUUUGGGAUUUGAGGGGCCUUGGAAACAGGAAGGGAUCCUGUUUUUCAUAGGGUAUCCUUCCCUUCCCUAAGAUGAGUAUAGGAGACCAGGGGGGCAGGGCUCCCCCAGACCUUGACAGACCAUGAUGCUCCAACAAGUGAAGCAGAAUGUUGCUGGGGCUGGGCAUUGUCUGGGAGAUAUGCUCAGGGUUUGGAAGUUGGGGUGAGUCACUGAAGGCAUGUCACAGGAUGUCAUGUCUCCCUGGAUCAGAGCAAGAAGAGUGUGAGGCUGGCAGUGGUCCAAGAGAGGAUGAACAGAAUUGAGCAUAGGGUCGAGUUGGUAGACAACCCCAGUGACCAGUGAACCUUCUAGGUCUGUCUCUUAACCCAAGGUAGCCAUUCUCACCCUACUUCAUAACUGGCUUGAGCAAAGGGAUAAUUCUGUCCUGCAGGGUAGACAGGGACCCCUGGGGCUGAUGGAAGUGUCUAGCAGAGCCCAGAAAUCUUAGAAUCCCUCAAGGAUAUGUUCCAAAGUUCCUUUCUGGGCAUCAGGAGACUCCAUCAGGAGGACCCAAAGUUGCUCGCUCCCUUCUGGAGCCUCCUACCCACUCACUGCUUGGCACCAUGUGGAGACGUCAUUUCCUUCUGCCCAUGGUGCCCACCAUCUGGCUCCAGCAUAUUUUAAAAGUCAAGGGGAAAAUCCAGGCAAGGUGGCACAAGCCUGCAAUCACAGCAUUUGGGAGCCUAAGGCAAACUCAUCUCCAGUUCCAGGCAGACUUGGGCUAUAAUUAGAAGACCACCUCAAAAAAAAAAGGGAGAAACUAAACUCUCUACCUCCACCCUCCCGAGGCCGCCACUUCCCAACAUCCCUGAGAGAAGAGAGGCAAGUGUUUCAGAGUCAAGCCCGGGGUAAUCUGCCCGUCCACACACACCCCCCCACUGAGUUGACAGACUCAUCAUCCGGGGUCCCAUCUGGACCCUGCAGAAGACAUCCCUUUGUUCAAGUCCUGACCUUGCCUCUUAGUUCUGGGGUGCCAGCCACUCUGAACUCAUCUCACUGAUCACCCAGGACACUCACCCUUGCCCCAGCUGAAGCAGCUGGUUUGUGCGAGGUCAUGGGCAGCCCCACAUCUGUGGUGGAUAAGUACUAGUGCUUUAGGGGUUUCCAGCCUAAGGUACAACUUAUUCCAAACCCUGAACCCCCUCACCUCUGUGGAAACAGGCAGCCAGACAGGAAGAAGGGUUUCAUGCCAAUAAUUUAUUGAACGGAGGUCUGUACACAGGCAAACCUUACUGUGGAAACUAAGACACCAGGGGCUCUCCUACUCCCUCCUUCCAGGAUGGGAGAGGGGGGAGCCUUGGGAGCAGAGGACAAGGGGGGGUACAGCUGAAGGGGGGGCAGGUUGGAUGGUGUGAAUCGACGUUUUUCUUUAAGAAAAAAAUUAUAACAAUCUAUUUACACCCAG